AAUCUCAUCUUAGAUGGAAAGGAUUUCAGUCGCAGCAAGAUCAUUCUCUAUUCACCAUGGUUUUUCUGUGCCAAAUUGUCUUUAUAGUGAGAUAUGAGUUGUGUGUCGGUCACCAAUGGAAUGAAGUAUGGAGUUAAAUUCAAGUCCCAGAUGUUGAGCAUUUACCUCAAAGACUAGCGCCUUAUUAGUAUCAACACUCGGUGAGCUGAGCUGAUACGCUACAAGUUGUAUGCGAGGAUGGCUACGCUGGGAAACUGUCAGAUAAUAUUACUACUUCUGGCCACAACAUGCUUGCGACUUCCAACAUUAAGUUUGUGCCAAGAGGCUAACUCCACUGACAUUGAGAAGGGAAAUUCGCGCUGCAAGAGCGUAACUUGUUGUGGGAUUCCAGGAACACCAGGGAGAAACGGAAUUCCCGGCCAUCCAGGCCCCCAAGGACCUAACGGACCUCCUGGAAGAAAUGGCCUCAACGGAAUUCCAGGCACUAAAGGCGAAAAAGGGGAACCGGGAUUAUUGGGCCGGAGAGGCAAGAAGGGUCCGCCCGGGGAAUCCGGUAUCAAUGGAACGAACGGAAUCCCUGGUUGGAGAGGCAAGGAAGGUCCAAGGGGCAUGAGAGGCCCGGCUGGGCCCCAGGGCCCCACGGGGGCUAAGGGGGAGCCCGGGACCCCCGGUCAACAGGGACCCCCUGGGUCUGACCGAAUCCUCAGGGUAUGCAAUUGCGAAAGGAAUGUCCCUACUCAAGUGUUCUACGUGAGUUCAGGCCACUGGAUUUCAGAAAGUCACAUGACAGGAUUUCAAGAUGUUACUUCCGCACACGGGGAAUUUCAUGUGAGAGUUGUUGCCCCUGUCACAUAUGUUCUUCAUGUUGGCGGAGAUUGGGUAAACGACGAUUCUGUCACACUGUUCUACCGCCUGCGCUGUGCGCAUCGCAGACGAACCGCUUACAUUCCGAACGAGGUGGGACACAGAAUUUACAAGUUCAAGGAAGUAAAUCGUCUGGAAUCGGAGACGUUUACUCACGUCACAACAGCGCUAAGUCAUCAUGGCAAAUGGAGAUGCCAGCUAGAGAUCAGCAAGGGUGUGGCCAGGGCAUUCUAUCGCUGGGACUCUCAGUAUGGCGAGAUCAGCUUAACCAUGUGGGCAGACCCUAAGUCACACAGAACAGGAAUUCCCGGCCAUCCAGGCCCCCAAGGACCUAACGGACCUCCUGGAAGAAAUGGCCUCAACGGAAUUCCAGGCACUAAAGGCGAAAAAGGGGAACCGGGAUUAUUGGGCCGGAGAGGCAAGAAGGGUCCGCCCGGGGAAUCCGGUAUCAAUGGAACGAACGGAAUCCCUGGUUGGAGAGGCAAGGAAGGUCCAAGGGGCAUGAGAGGCCCGGCUGGGCCCCAGGGCCCCACGGGGGCUAAGGGGGAGCCCGGGACCCCCGGUCAACAGGGACCCCCUGGGUCUGACCGAAUCCUCAGGGUAUGCAAUUGCGAAAGGAAUGUCCCUACUCAAGUGUUCUACGUGAGUUCAGGCCACUGGAUUUCAGAAAGUCACAUGACAGGAUUUCAAGAUGUUACUUCCGCACACGGGGAAUUUCAUGUGAGAGUUGUUGCCCCUGUCACAUAUGUUCUUCAUGUUGGCGGAGAUUGGGUAAACGACGAUUCUGUCACACUGUUCUACCGCCUGCGCUGUGCGCAUCGCAGACGAACCGCUUACAUUCCGAACGAGGUGGGACACAGAAUUUACAAGUUCAAGGAAGUAAAUCGUCUGGAAUCGGAGACGUUUACUCACGUCACAACAGCGCUAAGUCAUCAUGGCAAAUGGAGAUGCCAGCUAGAGAUCAGCAAGGGUGUGGCCAGGGCAUUCUAUCGCUGGGACUCUCAGUAUGGCGAGAUCAGCUUAACCAUGUGGUAGGUCCCGUUGGAACCUUCCACAGUUUCGUUGGUAUGAGUCUUUUUAAAAGGAACCUAAAAUAAAGACCUUACCAGAGGGAAAAACGUAGCUUUAGAAGGAUCUCAUCUUCUUCAGUGUGCGGUCGGCACAAAUAAUCAUUUGGUUGACACAAAUUAUCAAAUCCUGCAAAUUACAGUUUGGUUAAGUUCCAAGCAGGACAAUCUCACUAAACAGCAGAUUGAUCUAGUUGCCAUCGACAGAAAAUAGUUGCCAUGCAAGAACUUUCACUUGACAGGAUUUGGAUGAGAUUGGUCACGUGAAUCUUUGGAGUCGUGCUUUAAAAUGGCUUCCUGUCAGCACACGUGAUUGACGGCAGUGACCAACAAGCUUUGAACAUUCGACAUGGAAUAUUAAUACCGUUAGAACGUUGUUUUAUAUUAGUUUCAUUUGUUUGUUUGUUGCGUUAUCCUGUGUUGAUUUCUCGAUAGAAAUACCUUACAAGUGCUUCAGAAUAUUUAAAAAUAAUCCUCACUAGUAGUUUUGAGACCUCCGCUCCAUUAG